GAGUUGCAUAUACAAGUAUGGAAUGUCCGAUGCUCAACGACUACUGGUUUCGGCCACAGCCCCGCCGUGGCGUCAUGCACAUCGGGGAGCUAGCCAAUGAGAAUAUAACUAAGUUGGAUGGUUCGGUAAUAUACACCAGGAUGGGACUCGCUAAUACAGGGUCGUAAUGAGAGACUGCACUAGCCGUUUCGGGACAUCUGCAGUUUCUACGGAAUCUCGGGAUACUCAAUGCAGUACUCCUAGGUGUACUACUAUGUACUACUAUGGGGUAGCAUGUACUCGUGGUGUACAAAGUGGCAUUCAACGUUAUGCUCGGUAGACAGACAACGAUCCUACCAUGUACAGUGGACUGAUGCUAAUUAUUCCCGCAUCGCAAACAAAACCGGAUUUUAUAUCAUCACGGCAUCCAGCCCAGCCUACAAUUACGACCCCAAUAUAGAUAGAGUUGCCCGUUCAAUUGCGCUUACAUACUCUUUAGGGUAUGGUGCAGUCGUCAAUUGUAUUACUUCAUCCCAUCCACCGUCUCAUUGGUGGCCAGUCUCCUCCAGAACGGCCGAUAUUGGAAAAAAGCUUCAAAUUCAAGGAAUGGAAUCGAAUCGUUUUAAUGGACAAGAAGAGGAGAGGGGAUUCAGAGCUACUCUGAGGUGUGUUGAGGGGCACGGAAUGUUGCCUUCCUCAGGGGAAGGGGGGUGUAUACACGGUAAUUAUUGGAGGAAUCGCUUCCGAUGACUUCGUAGACAAGUGUAUAGCAUCGUAGUUGCCUGUUUGAGUUCGGUUCCUGUGUAUUCCGAUGAUGACAUCAGUCACUAUCCAGUACAGAGUAUAGGCACAAGUAUACUCAGAUGAGACCAGUCCUUGGCUAAGAGCAGGACCAGAUUUGACUGUUUCCA